CGCACUUCCGGGGUCAGCCGGCCAGUGCCGCUCUGCGCCUGAUCUCGAUGGUUAAGGUCCGCCUGGCGGGGGCAGCGCGGAGCUGGCGGCCCGGCCUGGUCCAUGCUGGCGGUCAUGUCUGAGAAAGACAGUAGUGAAAGUCUGAAAGAAGAAGCCUCUUACGAAGAAGAAAAUGAACAGAAAGCAGAGGAACUUGGCUGUGCUGAGAGCAAUGAAGAGAGAGAGCAAGAGCUUGAACCUGUGCCUAUGACUCGGAAAAGACCUGAACCCAAACCCCCAAGCCAGCCUGCUGCCACAGGAAAGCCUGCAGCUGAAACCCUCAAGGUCUCCGAUUCUCCUACCGCAGUUCAGACAGGAUGGGGGUACUGGGGAAGCUGGGGGAAAUCUCUUCUGUCAACUGCGUCUGCUACUGUAGCCACUGUAGGUCAAGGUAUUUCAAAUGUCAUAGAAAAAGCGGAAACAACCCUUGGGAUCCCCAGUCCUAGUGAAAUAUCUUCAGAGACUGGAGAUGCUACAAGAGGAAGCGAGAAUGCUGGUGGUAGCAACACAGAUGCAGUUGAUGAUGGCAGUUCCUUUCCUAUUGCUGGGGCCCUUGGAGUUUUAUCAACCAUCUCUACUGCUGUCCAAAGCACAGGCAAAAGUGUUAUUAGUGGAGGUCUGGAUGCCUUGGAAUUCAUCGGGAAAAAGACAAUGGAUGUAAUAGCUGAGGGAGACCCUGGUUUCAAAAAAACAAAGGGCUUAAUGAACAGAACCUCUACGUUAUCACAGGUCUUAAGAGAGGCAAAGGAGAAAGAAGAGCAGCAGACAGCUACUGAGGUUACCAUGGCUACAGAGAAGAAAGCCCAUUAUGGGUUACUGUUUGAUGAGUUUCAGGGUCUUUCACAUCUGGAGGCCUUAGAGAUGCUUUCCAGAGAGAGUGAAUCAAAGGUGAAAUCAGUUCUAAAUGCUCUCUCUGGAGAAGAGUUGGACACACUCAAGGAUGAAAUGGAGCAACUCAAAGAAGCGUUUUCUUUACCUGAAUUCUUUGAAGAAGAAGAGGAAGAAAAGAAGGGAGAUGAGGAAUUCACAAAAGAAGUAACAGAGUUGUUUUCUGAAUUGCGUAUCUGCUCAAAGCCAGACAAACUGAUCAUGGUGAGGACAUCUGCUCAUGAAUGGAUAGCACGAUUCAACAGUAGCCUUCCUAAAGAAGAAAAAGGGAGUGAAGAAAACCAAGAAGUGGAAUCCGGAGAUGGUGGCCGUGAUGCUAAAAAUUCAGUAGAGGAUAUUCAUGCGUUUGCCAUAAGAAGUCUGGCUGAACUGACAGCAUGCUCCAUAGAAAUGUUUCACAAAACUGCAGCUUUAUUUCUACAUGGUCAGAAACAAGAGGUGACAGCCACAGACAGAGCCAAGUCCCUUUCACAAAUGACGAUUGUGCUGUGUAGAGAACUGUCAACUUUCUCUAAAGAAUUUACUACGUGCUUAACGACUGCAGGGGUCAAAGAGAAAGCAGAUGUGCUUAAUCCCUUAAUCACUGGAGUGUUUUUAGAGGCUUCAAACAGUGCUUCGUAUAUCCAAGAUGCCUUCCAGCUCUUGCUGCCUGUACUGCAGAUCUCUCUUAUUGAGGCUAGAACGGAACUACCACAGCAAUAAAAAUCCUUCUAAUUAAGAACUUUUUGACCUUCCCACUUCAUAGUUUCCAUGCUGGAGAAUGAUGUAAUGGCUCUUAUUAAAGGGAAAAAGAUUAACUCUGAUCGCUGCUGCUGCAAGAACAGUGAUUAAAUGCAGUCUGGCAAUGACAGCUCUUGCAGCACAUUGUGAGAUGUGAUUAGCUUAGUCCAGGCUGGUGGACAACGUGACAGACCUAAAGUGCAGAUUGCUUCUCUGUUUUCAUGGACUGUCUGUAUCUUUUCACUGAAAUCCCUCUGCUAUAUGCGUUAACAAGCUCUUUGGAGAAGCUCUCUGGACUGUGAAGACAGUGCUGGAGAAAAGAGUAGCAGCUGGCUAGUUAAAGAGUUAGCUAAAAUCAUGGUGUGAUUUUUAAGUCAGAGGGACAUAAUUGGGUUCCUGAUAGCUCUGCAUUGGUCUUGAAAUGAAUAUUGCGUAGGAGGUGCAAGAAAAGGCAAAUAUUUAUGAUUAUGAACCUUGUGGUUUCUAGGCUGGAAAGAAUACAGCAGAGGGGAUUCCUUAUCAAGCUGCUGUUUGUGAAGCGAAGCCCUGGCUUCCUGAAGAUGUCUGUUAAUGACUCAGGGAUGUGGGACAGGGACUCUCACUAGGGUGCUGUUUCUCAUUCUCUUGCAGAGGGCUUGCUUCAGCACGAGCUGGGAAAAUGCUGAUCUGGCCCUAAGAAUGUGGGUACUUUGCUUUAUAGCAAUAAAUGAGAACUGGCUAAAAGGGAUUGAUUUGUGUUUGGAAGAUUUAAUGAGAGAAUUUAGGAGGAGGACUCCCCUUUUUCCGUGCAGCUUGACAUGUCAGCCACAGACUGUUCACAAACUCGGAUACUGCUUUUCUCGCGUUUCUGUGUAAAAACACUCUAAUGCCAUGCUCCUUCUUCUUGGAAGGUAUAUUAAAGUAGGGGGAGAGGAAGCAAUUUGGUUCUGUUGGCGGGAGUCCUAAUUUGUCUCAGAAGCUGCUCCACAUAUGGUAUCUGUUUCUUUGUGCUGUGAAAGUUCCCUGCUUUGUUCCUUUUUGCAAUUUUUAUCUUUUGAGCCUGCCCAUUGGGAAGGAGCAGCCUCUGUUGGAAUCACAAGAGCAGAAAUGCACAGCUAAAAUGGAACUUCAGGAACAGCUAACCAGAGGUGACCGAGUGUCACACCUGCCUCUGUGCUCGCUCAUUGGUAACAAUGAUGCUCAAAUCCCCCUUUUGAAAAUCCUCCGGGUUUUAGCAGGUCUUGCACAUUUCUGCUGUUCCGAAGGCUUAACAUUCUUCUGCUCUAUUUGUGCAGCAGAGAAGUGUUUUUAUUAUUAGAAUACCUUUUGGCUAAUGCUCCUCUGAUUUUAUAUAUAUGGAAAAAGCCUUGCCUUAGUCCUGGUUAGACUGAUCAGAUCUCUAAAGGGAGAGCCUUCUUUUGCAUCUUAAAGAAAACUAGACUUGAAAGGAGUGUGUCUGGGGUAAAAAAAAAAAAAAUGUGCAGUACAAUAAACUGUUUUUUUUUUCUUCUUUAGGUUGAUAGCAUUAUUAAAGAAAAUACUUAUUUUGACAAUGAUUUCAGAUAAAAGCUAUCAAGGUAGCAAUGGGCGUGAAUGAAAUGAGAAGAACUAACUGUGGUUUUGGUCUUUUUCUUCUCAGCCCUGACUGUGGUUUGCGGGGCAGGGCUGGGUGCUGCCCUGGGGCCGGGACGGCUGGGGCUGUUCUCAGGACAGGGUACCGUCCCAUGGGAAAAAGGGCUCUGAACCCCGGCUGGGGGGUGAGAGCUCCCAAUUCCCGCAUCAGCGCAAAAUGGCAGCUUUGCUCCUACCGCAAAGCCAAAAUCUACAGAGAUGUCGGAAGAGAUGAAAUAAAGAUAACAGGGUUUUAUGAAGCAGCAGCUGCUGCUCUUGCAGAUAAAUUCCACACACCUGCAGUGCUUUAGUGCAGAGUAGUUUAAUAAUUAAAGGAAAUAAGGUGAUUUUUUUUUUUUAAUAUGCAGACAGUAAUUCUUUCAGUCAUAUGCCCACCUACAUUUCAUUACAGCAGCCAACAACCAAAUGUGCACCAGCUUCGCUUGUGUACCCGCGCAAGGACUGCAGGAGAUCGCCAGCAGAAACAGUUCCACAGCUGCUGAAAUCUUCUUACCCGAAGGAUUCAUCAGAAUUCAGCAUCCAACUGUCUGGAGGUCUUAUUGCUCGGCCUUGCCUUGUGCAUGAACCUAAUGAGAGCUGGCAGUAAUUUGAGCACUUCUGGUAGUGUUUGGGGAGGUGAGAGGUGGCUGAGAAUAGAUAAGAGUUUGCCGAGAUGCUGGCAGUGACUUGGAGGGGAAGAGAGGAAAAAAAAAAAAAAAAGCCUUCCACAAUUAUUUUCUUUCCUUGGGAGAGAUUCUGUUACUUGCAGCUGUAAAAGCUGCUUCCUGGCAGCUGCUGUGGAAAGGUUUAAACCAUAAAGGCUCGGUCCUCCCGAUGGAUUUCAGGACUUGCUCCCAGCCCUUGCCCAACCAGCUUCCCGGGAACUCAUUUUUCAUUAUUAAAACACGCACGUUCAGGAGCAGCAAAACCUCUGACACGGGCGGGAUGAGCAGUUGUCCUCAUUUGGAAGAAGCAGCAGCUACGUUGUCACUGGUGGCCCCGAGCAAGGGGACAGCUGUCCCAGGUCACCCGCAGCACAAAUUAAAUGGCUUGACUCAGAGGCAGGAUGAGGAGGAACAGGAGGAGGAGGAGGAGGAGAGCUCUGGCAUUUCCUUCCCAGGUGUGCACGCUGGAUCCUAAAUAAACAGCGGUCUAUGAUGAUAUGAUUUAAGCAGAGAGAUUGAUCUUCUGUAGCCAAAGGCUUCUUGGCACAGAAAUGGAGGACAUAAGUGCCCAGUACUGUGCUAAUUAAUGUUUUCGGGGAGUGUAGCUAGUCCCUUGCAGCUCUGCACUGUGACAGCAGCUUGGAGGUGGCCCCGUGCUGGUGUUUCGGGUCUGGCUGGCAGGUUCCUUUCCUUCCUUCAAGGGCAGCUUUGUGCCUGCUGCAGGGAGAGAGCAGAGCCCGUGCAGUCUGUGGGCUGGGACCUGCCACUCUCUGCUGUCCUGCUGGGUGGGUGGUGGCAGCCGCCCCUCUGCUGUCAGAUGCCGAUGGCUACAGCCUGGCCAGAUGGCUGGAAUGGUCCCUGAGAGCCAGUGCCUCGGGGUGAUGCUUUGUGUCCCUGUGUCCAGGGAGCGAUGGCAGGGCUGUCCCCUGGGCUGCUCUAACUGGAGGAUGCUGCAGGCUUAGGUUCCUCGCAUCAGAGUACUGAGAGCCCGGCUGGGGCUGGCAGGGAGCGAGCAAUGAGGUCACCAGUUAAAAAUGAGGUUGAGCGUGGUGUUUGUGGGGGAGGAUCUUCCUAAGGUGGUGUCAGGAGCUGCUCAGAGAAGUGGGAGUGGAUGCCAGCUGGUCCCGACACCAAACAGCCUCCCUGGAUCCAGCCCAGGGCCCCAUCCUGUCUCCACUGCCCUCCUGUGCCUCUUGAGUUCCCUGUCGGUGUCACCCCGGGAUCGGGCAGCAUCGCUGCUGUCGUUUACCCCCAGACUGAGCUCUGGCCACCGGGAGUUCCCCAAAUGAUUUGUGUAUGAGCUGAAGCAUCUCUGCUAGAAAGCACCACUGCCAUCGAUGGUAAAAUUGGCAGCAACGGGGACUCUGCCGACAUUUUGGCUGAGCUCUUCCAGGUUUUUUCCACCUUUGCCCUUAAAACCCAUCCCUUAUUUCUGAUCUAAACCUGCGGAGGGGACCCUUGCUCUACAGCUGGGGCUGGUGCAGGCUCUGGUGGAGGAGGCCUGGGGCAGAUGUGGCCAGGUUUUUGGGACCAGUGACUUCUGUACAGGUGCCUGCCCCCCACGUGAGUUACCCGGUCUCGCUCGGUGGGAGGGGGCUCCACGCAUGCUGUAAAUUAAAGUAAAAUGACUAUGGGAGCAACUUUGUUGUAGAGUUGAAGGCUUUAAAUGGGGCAAAUCUUGCGGGAGAGGUAAUGCCUUUUAUUAGGUAGAGAAAACAAAUUAGCUUUCAGGUACACAAGCCCUUCUUGACUUAUUGUUACUGUUAUUAUCCCAUAUUGGUGCUAGUGGAAACGAGGGCAUUGCUUUAGAGGGGGAAGCACAUUAUGCAAGCGUUUAGACCUGCUGGUAACUGCUCUCUGCUGACAGGCAUUUGCUUAAUGAUAUGUUGGAGUGAAAGCCAGCAGCAAGGACAAGCAUCGCAGGGAGCUGGGAGUGCUGAGCUCUGCCUGGUCUGGCCUUGCCUGGACCUCCUGGAGCAGCCUGAUACCUCCCACCAAGCGGGGAGCAAGGACAUGCUGGAGGUUCCACCUACCUUGGUCUCAAGGACACCCCCAAAUCCCCUCUUUUCUUCUUCAAACAGGGUCCUGACCAUAGCACAUUCCUGGAUUGAGUCCCCAGUGCCCACCCUCAUCCCAGGGCUGGUCCCCAUGGAUGUCUGCAGCCUCCAGAUCUGCCCUGGCUUGCUUGCAAAGGGUCAGGAGAUCUUUCUGCUCCUGCCUGCGCCAGAGGCAAUGUCAGUGAGGCUCUUGCGGACACGAAUGGGACUGGUCAUGUUCCCAGUGUCAUGCGCUGCCCUUGGCGGGCAGCAGAGCCAGUUUUUCUGCUCUGAAAGUGGGACUGGGGAGGAGACCGCAACACUCAAAUACCCAGAUCCCUGGUAGCUGCCAGCCGCGCACUGAGGAGGCCACUUGCCUUUCCCAGCUCCAGUUACUCUUUCAGGUCCUCUCUGUGCCGCAGGUGGGACGGUCUUGUGCCCCAGGCCCCUUUGGCUUCGCUGAAAUGUCGACAAUCCUGAAAUGGUUUGGACGGGAAGAUAAGGAGAAAGAGGACAAGGACAAGGAAAAGGACAAGGAAGAAGA